CAAAAGCCUCUGCAUUCCCAAGGACAGUAGGACCAUUACUCUUUUCAAGAUUCGCAACUAUGUCUCUCUAUCUCCUCUGUCUUCAGUUUAAUGGCUAUCUUCCCGCCAAAAAGGGCUUCUCAUUCUCCCCUAUAUUACUGAAGCUUUUUACUUCUUUUACCGCCAUAAAUAAAUUUCUUCUCAUUGCUUCACAGGAACGAGACAACAGACAGAGAAGAUGAAGGGCACGUCCAAAGUGAUAAUGGGUGCCACUUUGAUCAUGGUGGUGACCCUUGCUGUUGUUCUGGGCCUCAUCCUUGUUCUACUAACGGAGCUCUACUGCUCUCUCUUGCUCCGCCGCCGCCGCCUACUCAGAGCCUCCACCUCCACCUCCGCUGCCGCCGCUGCUACAAACAGAACCAAUGCUUCACCUUCUUCACCCACCUCAAAUCCCCAUCAACAUUCUCUUCAUCGUCCUCCUCCCCCCUUCACUAGCAUUUAUGCUCAAGGAGUCCUUCAAGCUCCAAGAAACUUGCUUUUCCCUGUGGUUUCUUCCAAAGGAGAGUUAGUUGAAGCAAAGAAGCAGCUUGCUGAGCUUCGUCAUCAUGCUAUUCAAAUUCAAACGCAACAUUUCAUUACAAGCCCUCGUCAUCUUGGACUUGUCUCUGCUUCUUCUCCAUCAAAGCCAGUUCAACAAGUGCAUGACUCAGUUCAAGGGAGUGAUGAUACCAGGGGGACCUUUUGCGGAGAACACCUCGUGUACAUUUCUAAUCCCAUUUACGAGAAUGACGAGGAAUGCAAGGGAAGUAGUGGAUCAGAUACUCCAUUUGAAACACCACCUACUUCACCUUCUCGCUUGGAACCAAUUGGUUCUUCUGGUGAAGACGAGGCAGCUCAGCCUUCACCUUCACACACUCCUCCUCUUUCUCCGAUGAAGAAGCUCCUUGCAGAGGCUUCCUCCGUUUCUCUCAAACAUGCAGCGUCGUUGGGUAAUUUAGGGAGUGAUUCUCACUGUAACAAUGGUCUCUCAUCUACAUUAUCUGCCACCCCCUGUACGUCCCUUCAUGAUGAUUCAAUUCAGUGGUGAAGCUAAACCAUCAAAGGCUUCCUUUGUUUAUUUUUUCCUUGUUAUGUGGAUCCUUUUGUGAAGAGCGAGAUUGUGUCACAAGUCAAGCUUUUCUUUUCCCUCCAAAA